CGCGGACCCCUCUGCCCCAGAGAACCAUGCUCCUCGGCUCUUGUCUUGGACUCCUCACCCUUCUGCUUUGAACAAGAUUAAACAAACAUGUCGCAACUUCUUCGAAACGCCCUCGUCGGCCUGCACCUCUUUGCCGUCGCCGCCCACGCCGCCAGCCUCAACUACUCGGGCGAGGCCAUCACCACACGCUACUGGGACUGCUGCAAGCCCUCGUGCGGCUGGAAGGGCAAGGCCGACUUCUCCCGCCCCAUAGAAGCAUGUACCGCCGACAACAAGCCCACCGACGACUCGGCCGGCACUGGUUGCAAUGGCGGCACCGCCUACCAGUGUGCGGAGCAGCAGCCGUGGGUCGUCAACGACACCAUGUCCUAUGGCUUUGCCGGCGUCUACAUCCUGCCCUCGUUCACUCACGGCGGCAUCGAGGACGCGUGGUGUUGCGCCUGCUACCAGCUGGAUUUCACGAGCGAGCCUCUGAUCGGGAAGAGCAUGAUCAUCCAAGCCUCCAACACGGCAUACGACAUAACCACGGCAAACCGCUUCACACUCGCAGUACCUGGUGGCAACACGACCUCAUCGGGUGCAUGCGCCCGGCAAUACGGCGUGGACCAAUCCGUGUUUGGCCAGGACAAUGUAGGAGUCGGGUCAAGCGACGACUGCAGCAAGCUGCCCGAGGCCCUGCAACCGGGAUGCCGGUGGCGUUUUGACUGGUUCAAGGACGCAUCGUUUCCAAGCGCAAACUUCAAACGCGUUGUGUGCCCGGCCGAGAUUACGGCAAAGACAAACUGCGUCCGCAAUGACGACAAGAGGCUUGACGGUCAGGCAUCUUCUGCCCAGAGCCUCACGCCCACCUCGCACAGCACUAUGGCUCUCGCUGCCGCCAUGAUGCUAGGCCUAAUAUCGAUAUAGCAGCGGCCAUGCGCCCUGCACGUCACGUCCCCGCGGCCCGCUUUACGAUCCGUCACGCUCUCUUCUCUCUUCAUUUCGCCCGCUGA